UGAUGUGUGUGUGUGUGUGUGGUUGGGUUGGUGUGGAGACUGUGUUAAAAGUUGAGGAUCCUUUAAGACACUUGUCGUUGGAGAGGUGGGAGGUGCUGAGAGGACAGGCAGCAUAAAGUCGACCUUUGGAGUUGGACUGUCUCAGAUUAGAUUAGACCUUUUUGGAUAAGGAAGAUUCCUGGGCGAGAACUCAAAGCUAUGGAUUGGGGCACGGCACUCUGGGACCAGCAUGAUGUGAUUGAGAAACACACUCAGUCAGGUCUGGACCUCAUCGAUCGUUAUGUGAAGUUCGUCAAAGAGAGAGCGGAGAUCGAGCAGAACUACGCCAAGCAGCUCAAAGCUCUUUGUAAAAAAUUCACCAGACGAGGCAGCAAAGAAGACCAGGAUAUGAACAGGUUCUCCAAUCAUCAGGCGUUUCAGGAGCUGCUGUGUGAGCUGAACGAGUGCGCGACACAGAGGGAGAGCAUGGCCGAGAACAUGAACGUGAACAUCUGCAUGGAGCUCAACAAGUACCUGCAGGAGCUCAAACUGGAGAGGAAGAGUUAUCUGAAUGAGGUGAAGAAAAUCCAACAGAACCUGGAGACCAGCUACAAACAGCUCGAGACCAGUAAGAAGCGCUUUGAAAAGGAAUGGAAGGAAGCAGAGAAAGCAAAUCUGCAAGCAGAGAAGGCAGAACAAGACCCCGCCUCCACCAAAGCAGAUGUAGACAAGGCCCGGAUCCACGCUCGUCAGCGUCUCGAUCACUCUGAUGAGUGUAAGAAUGAUUAUGCUGUGCACCUGCAGAAAUACAACAAUGAGCAGAACCGCGUCUACCACACAGAGAUUCCCAACAUAUUUAAUAAGCUGCAGCAGAUGGAGGAAGGGAGGAUCAGGAAACUGGCGGAAGGUUACGGCCUGUUGGCCGACACUGAGAGAAACACGCUGCCUUCGAUCAGCCAGAGUCUGGAGAAGAUCAGCAUAUACAGCAGCAGCACAUACGAGAAACAGGAUUCACUGUCCCUCAUCGAGCAGUAUAAAUCAGGUCUGGCGCCCCCUGCUGAUGUGGAGUUUGAGGAUUAUAGUCAAGGAAUCAGACCUGCGGUUGUGGACAACCCACACCACAUGCCGAAAGUCCGCAUCAAACAGCUGUUCAAAAAGAACAAGCAGGGUGGGACCGGUGACAAAAACAUGGCCCCUCCGUCAGAGGAUUUCUCCCACUUGCCCUCGGAUCAGAGGAAGAAACGCCUUCAGGAGAAAGUUGAUGAACUCAAUAAGGAGCUGCAGAAAGAGACAGACCGGAGCGAGGGUCUGAAUAAGAUGAGACGUGUGUAUGAGCAGAACAAUCAGCUGGGCGACCCGGCCAGUCUGGAGCCUCAGAUCAACGAAACCACACACAAUAUCAACCGACUGAGGGGGGAACUCUCCAGAUACCAGGCGUGGCUGGGUGAGGCUGGAGGGGUCUCUGUGCAAAACAGCAACCAGACCAGUCCACAUUACGUCCACGCAAGUCCAAGUUUCCAGAGUCCCCCCAAGCUGGUGUAUUCCCAGUUCCACAGCAGUUUUGAUGAAGACUUUGAUGAAGAUGUGCCCUUGGCCCAGUGCCUCGCCCUCUACGACUUUAACGGUGCGAGAGAGGGGGAAGUGAGCAUGCAGGUCGGGGAGCGUCUCAGCGUGUUGGACGAGGACAUGGGAGAUGGUUGGGUGCGUGUGAAGAAGACAAACGGAGGUAUAGGAUACGUCCCUGCGUCCUACAUCCAGAUCAACUGACCGCACACCACCCAUUUCUUCCCAGACGCACACCAUUUUCUGUACAUACGUGUUUGUAUAUACACAAAAAACCGUCGCUACGAGGCUAAUGUACUGCAGCUAAUGUUCAUAAAAGUACUGUAAAAAAAAGUCUGUUUAAAAGAAACACACAAUAAUAAUAAAAUAUACACUAACCACAUUUGAAUUCUGUUAUCAUUUGAAUAAAUCCUAACUAGUGCGUGAUGCGUGGGCUGUAACGCUCCAACUGAAAUAAAAUCAUGAAUUUCAAAAUAACAAAUAUUCAAGAAAGACAUUACUGAGUUUAAUUCCCUUUUUUAUUCAUUUCUCAUUCUGUUUUUUUUUUAAUCAUUGCAUUUAUCUGCAUCACUGAGGAACGCCGUUAUAAAGCAGGCACUUAAAACGUCAGAACAAGGCACACAUGGUCAAAAUACAAAAUAUUCAUAAAAAAUAAUAAUAAUGCAAAAAAUAAAAAGAUAACAACAAUAAAAAUAACAGCUACAGGAUGUGUUCAGGCUGAAAAUAAUAAUAAUAAUAAUAAUAAUAAUAAUAAUAAUAAAUGCAUGCACAAGACAAUCGCAAAAUUGAGCUAUAUAUAACUUAUACGUAUAACUACUGAGAUAUAUAUAUAUAUAUAUAAGAAAAUGAAGGCGGAGUAAUAAAGUAAAGUAAAAGUAAAAUAUCCGUUUUAACAUCGCUAAUCUAAUAUCCUGUUCCGUUCUUAAAAACCCACGGCAGUGAAAUACGAGUUAAAAAUCACAGACAGAGUCAGAGUGUGUGUUAUUUCAGUUUUAUAAUAAUGACAAUAACGCCGCUCGGGUCUUCUCCCAAAACACAAAGCUAGUUAACUAUCUAACCUUAGCGCGUGGCUGGUGUGUUAGCGUGUUAGCUCCUGUAAUUGCACACACAAAGAUGAAGCGCUGCUUUAACGAUUCUCAAUCAAACCUGAUCCGUUUUGUAAAUCUGAUGCGCAUAUCUGAUGCGGCACUGAUAAAUCGAUACUCGCGUUCAGUUCACACACACCACCACCAGUUACAAUUUGUAAUCACGACUCGUAGAAGCUCUGCACAAUUAUUUGCACGCGUGGCCCCGCCCCCUUCUCACUCGCGCUCUCUCUCUGUCGAAAUUGUUACAGCUUUAAAGUUGCAUGUUGUAAUCACGUGCUCUGGCGGUGUGAUCGCAGAUUCGUAAACGCAACUUGAAAACUCAAAACACGAAGAGGUAAAGGCGUAAAUUAGGUUUCGUAGCUGUAACGGAUCGUAUUGCACUCGCCAAACAGAUUCAAUUCUAAACUGAUUUCAUAAUCCAUUACAUUAUAAUCUCAUUUACUUGCAGCUUUUAGCAGGAAAUUAACCCCAAAAUAUAAGUUUUUGCACCCCCCUUCCUCAGCAUAGUUGUUAGAGCGUACUGUAUGAUGCGCAUCAAAGUGCAUAGAAAUUCGUACAAUAAUUAUUGUCGUAAUUAAGGCACUGUUUAAAAGAACAUACUUUCCAGUUUGGGUCCCUAAUUUAGUGUUAGCAUGUUAGCAUUAAGCAAGGUAUAUUAUAUUAGCAAAUAUCGUACAACUGAUUAUUAGCGAAAACCUUAUUAGAAGAAACCUAGCACCCUUUUUCGGCCAGGAGAUAACUAUAAACAUUUUACCUGUAAACAUGUUCGUUUCCUUUAUCACGUGUUAGGAAGCAGGUACACGAUAACUGUCCGAAAAAAAAAACUAAACUGUAGCAAUUAAACAGAAAACAAUGACUUUUUCAAUACGGAUUCAUCAGAUAUGACUGUUUUGAACGCCGUGG